AUGAGAUUGUUAUCAAGAUGGGUGUAUCGUCCUAAUAAUGGUAUAAAUAUGGCUUCAAGUAACGACGGAAGCUUUUCGCCGUACUACUCUUCUUCGCAUCAACGUGGUUAUAACCAUCACAUGGAAUCACCUCAUCAGCCAACUAAGACGUACAGAAUUAAUGGAUACUGGAUGUUGAUAAAGGGCAUGGUGAUAGUCAUGCUGUGUAUGGGUUGCAUGGGUUUGUCCUAUUUUGAAAUAUUUCGAAAGGCUUCAUGGUCGUCGGGUGACAGUGUUUUCCAUGUCACUCUUUUCAAUUCUUCUCCCAUUUCCUUAAAUAAUCUCGAACAACCUCUCAUGUUAUUGAACAGGUCCCAAAAUUUUGCUUCCUCUUCUCAAGAAGAUUCCACUCAAGAAAACACAAAGAUUUGCACAAAAAUUUCAACCUAUGAGUUGGAUCAAUGUCAAUUCGCAAAGGAAAAUUGCAUGUCACCACUUGGAGGCAUGUUAAAUUAUUUAUUGAUUCGUUAUUGUACCUUCCAGAAUCUAGAACCUUUGUUCUAUGUUUUGGCCACACUCUGGAUGGUUUUUUUAUUUUACAUGCUUUCAACCACUGCUGAAGAUUAUUUUUGCCCUAGCCUUGCUGAAAUUUCUAGAAUAUUGAGAUUGAGUCCUGAUAUUGCAGGUGUGACAUUUCUCUCGUUUGGCAAUGGUGCUCCGGAUAUUUUCAGUACAAUAGCAGGAAUUUUCUCUGGCAGUACAGGAUUUGGGUUAGGAGAGCCAAUUGGUUCUGGUCUCUUUAUUUGUAGUGUGCUGCUUGCGUGUGUCACUCUUGUUGUGAAGGAAGCAAAAGUUUCAGCAUUCCCUUUUCUAAGAGAUGUCAUCACGUAUUUGAUCAGUGUUACAUUUGUGUUUGUCAUUGUUAUGGUUGAUGGAUCGAUUAAUUUAUGGCAAAGUAUUUCGUUCUUGGCGAUUUAUGUUGCCUAUGUGGUGUUUGUGAUUGGAAGUAAGCUUUCCUUAAACAUGAAACACAAGUUUCAACAAAAAACUCAAGAAAAACGAAGAUGUGUUAUUAAUGGUGAGGAUCCAUGUGUGGUUUGUGACUCCACUUCAAAUUCUGAGAAGCAAUCUCUCAUCAAUGACCGAUACUAUACGAAAUAUGACGAUCUCCUCUCCGAAGCCAGCUCUUUCGACGAGCUAGAUAUAUCUUCGUCGGGCUGGAAGGAAGGCCUGCAACCAACACUUCGAUUCUCCAAGAUUGAAGACAUUCCAGAUAAGGUGAAAGAAGCCCUACAAAAGAAGCAGCAUUAUUAUGGAGCACAAUACAAUCCAAAGUUUGGAUUUUAUUUCUAUGAGACACCAUCAUUGGACAAUUUAAGCAGCCAACAAGCCCUAGAAUCCGUCGAUGUUGGUUCAGUCAUUAUUGAAAAUCAUUUUGAUCUCAAAAACAAAGGAGAAGAAUUGUGCGAAGCAUGCCACGAACUUGGAGAAAGCAGAACCUUAUUCGAAAAGGUUAAAUGCAAGGCCUGUCACAUAUGGGCUGAAUUUUUGGAUCAAUGUGAAUGGAGAGAAAAAUCCAAAGGAGAAAAGUUAUUCUUUCUACUCGUAUCUCCCAGUAUUUUGAUUCGAAAUUUAACCAUUCCCAAAGCAGAUCCUAACGAAUGGAACAAGCUUUGGGCAGUUUUGAACCCAAUUUUUAUGCCUCCAUUCAUGUUAUUUGCUCUAGGUUAUUUGAAUGAGAACGUUCCCAAUUCUGAAUUUCCAUUGUGGGCGCUACUAGCUUUGAUUGGUCUUGUCUUUUCUGUACUGAUCUUUUUCACAUCUAAGAAAAGCAGAAAACCCAAGUAUCACAUUUUAAUUGUAGGCCUGUCAUUCAUCAUGUCCGUAGUAUGGAUUUACACCAUUGCCAAUGAAUUGGUCGACGUUUUGAAUUCUUUUGGAAUUAUGUGGAACAUGAGCGACUCGAUUCUCUCCAUUGCACUUUCUGCUGGAAACAGUUUGAGUGACAUGGCUGCUGACAUUGCUGUUGCAAGACAAGGAUUUGUAGAGAUGGCCGUUGCUGCAGCCUAUUCAGCUCCCGGAUUGAGUUUACUACUUGGACUAGGCAUUAGCAUGACUGCCAAUUAUGUCAUGACUUCAAAACCUUUUCAGCUUGAAUUUUCUCCAACCCUCAUGGUCACUUUUAUUUUCCUCAUUGCUGUCUUGAUCACUUCCAUCAUUGUGGUUCCCGCAUCAAAAUUCCAUUCUCCAAAAAUCUUUGCUUGGUUCUUGAUUGCCAUGUAUCUCGUCUAUUUAUGCAUUGCAAUUUUAGUAGAAAGUAAAUUAUUAUUGGCUUAA